AUGACAUCUUCUUCCUCCAAAUUGACUCUGAGAUUGCUUAUCGACACUAAGCGUGAGAAGGUUCUGUUCGCAGAAACAUCAAAAUUCGUUAUAGACUCUUUCUUUAACUUGCUUUGCUUGCCCAUUGCUACUAUCAUAAGGAUUCUCAACAAGAAUCAAAUGGUUGGUAGCUUAGGCAAUCUCUAUCAAAGUGUUGAAAAUCUGGAUGAAACUUACAUGCAACUAGACCAACAUAAAGAUCUACUGUUGAAACCAAAUGCCCCCAUGUCUUCACUAAUAUCUGGUCUUCUUCCUUCAGUUAAUGAUAGUUCUUCCAAGAGUUCUUCCAACGACUCUACGAAUGUAUUCUACCGGUGCCCACAUCACUAUGAUCACGUCACAUGUGAUAACACUACUCGUUGUUCUACUUGUAGCACAUCUAUGAACUCGCAAAUGAUUUUUGUUGGUGAAAAGGUUGCAAAUGAAAUUUCUGCCGAGAAGAGUGGUUUUGUGCAAGAGGUAGUAACGUAUAUGGUGAUGGAUGAUUUAGUGAUUCAACCGAUGUCAUUUAUAUCAGGCAUUACGCUACUUAAAAAAUUCAACGUCAAAGAGGUUGGCGUCUUGCAGGAAAAGGUGGUCGAGUUAGACAUGAAACAGGGCGUGAAUCUUCUGAAGGCUUCUUUGCAGUCGAAGACAGUUUUGACUGAUGUUUUUCUCAAGAAUCAUUCUUUAACUUAG